UCAGCUUCAUACUGAAGCGCUCACAACGUCAGCUAACGCUUCAGCACACUUUGAAAAACGUUCAUGAAUGGGAAAAUUGAAAAGCACAUAGCUUUCAUUCUUUGCGGUUAAUAAUUCAAGCAAAGUAUCUAAAAAUCAAAACGAACGCAUAUCAUUUCAAAAUAAUUGUAUACGAUAUAAAAACGUGUUACUUGUGACAAAGAGAAUUUUUUGAAAUUAAACCAAAAAUAAAGGUGUGAAUAAGGUCGGUUACUUUGUGAGUGUCCUUAAAAAGUAUAUACAAACAAACGAACAAACAAAAACACACUCACACACACAACAUUUAGGAAAGUUUGCAAAUUCCGUUUAAAAUGUUUUUUGCAAUAAAAAUAAAAUCACCAGACAAUAAAACAUUUAAAACGAUAAAUAUACACAUAACAAAGAAAUACAUUAAGGAUGGCUACUUAUGCUGCAUUUAAACAUGUCGAACUUUACAAUGUCGGCAAAGCCAAAAAGAGGGUGUUGAGGGCCCCAGGUGGCGGGUCAAGUGACAUUUUUGGAUCUGAUAUGCCGCAGACACCACGCAACGUCAAAAAUCGCAUGGCCUCAAAUAUAUUUUCAGCCGAUAAAGAUGCCGCUCAGAAGAACAAUGUACGGCAAGGAGCUCACAGAUUCUAUUUCAUUGGUGAUGCACCGCGGAGGGGCCAAAAACCCGUUGACUCCUAUUCGCGUCUAUUUGGUGAACCGGCACGUCCCAUUACGCCGGGCAAGAAUCACAUGAAGAGCAGCAUUCCAUUUGGACAAAACACAAAUGCCGCACAGCAAUUACUUGCCAACAACAAGGGAAAAUACAAUGGCAAAAGUGGUUCGGUAUCGUCGGCAUCAUCUUCCGUUUCUUCUUCGACUGAGAAUUUAAAAAUUAACGUAGGCAACCGUUCAGAUGGCAAUCCCGUGACUGGUGAGGGCUACAAGGCUGGUGGAAACGAUUAUAUACAACCAACAGCAGCUAUGAACGGCGGGAACCAGGUUAUCAACAAGAAUCGUGUGCCACCCGGCGGAUAUUCAUCGGGUCUCUGGUAAUUACAAAUUAUGGAGACACGAAUGAAAAUCAACAUGGUCGGAUGAAUGUGUGCACAGCAAGAGACAGCCCAACAAACAAAUAUAAUCCCAAGAAAAGCAUAAAAAAGAAAAAAAGAAAAACAAAAAAAAAACAAAAAGAAACGAAAACGAAUCCCCUACUAUCCGCAUAUGCGAAAUUAGCCCUAGCGUUUUUAAUAAUAAGAGCCAGCAACAGAAGAGCAUUACAGCCAACACCACCCAACACCAAUCGAGUCGACAACUGCAUCAAUUCUUAUAUCGAAUAAAACCUUGUUCUUAGUAUUGAAAGCAAAAAAAGAAAAAAAAAAGAGCGCCGCACAAGAUCUAUCUAACUGUAUAAAAUCUUGUUUCGCAAAUGAGGUUAAGCACUUUACUUCACGGAACAUUAUUGCUCAAUGUCGGAUCUUAUCAGCAUUACUAAGCCAAGAAUCAUUAUACACAUAAUACCACACAAAUAUUUGGAAUCACUCUUCAUCAACGCAUGAACCUAAUUGAUUUAUCGCUGUAACCACAAUUAUGUAUGUCCCGUUAAAUCAUCAUCGUCAACCACAAUAUGCAACUAAAUGGAAUACAUAUACGUAUGUAAUACGCUUUAGAAAUUUAAAUGAAUUUGGUUUUUAAUUCUAUCAAGCCUGAAUCCCAAAUGCAUAUUGGCCACAAACAUUACAUAAAAUACCAUACCAUACCACAACUAGCAUUACUUACAUCCAAUAUUAUACUAUUACGAUAUUAAAAUAUAUUAAUGCGUUGUUCAGACCUGUUGUAGGUAAACGAACAAAGACAUACAUUCAUUUCUACGCAUACAUACGUGCAUUAUAUUAAUUCUUUAAUUUACACUUAUGUUUAAAAUCAACACCACAUUUAUAUUUAUAUCAGUGCAUACAACAUACAACAAACACAUACAUA